AUGAACAUCGACGCUAUCAGUGGACAGGAUUUAAACGGCUCUUUUAAAGUAGCCAAUUUAGCUGUUGCUGCACUUUCGGUGCUCUCUGGAUUAUCCCAAUUAUUCUCGGGCGUCCAAUCGUUCCUUAUUGGAAUCUAUAUCAUCGGUUUCGGUGCCGUCAUAGGCCUUCUCGAGUUCCGCGUCCCUAGCGAGGCGUACACUUAUGGUUCCUUCCUUUUCUCCUUUGUGGGAAGAGGUGUUUUCUACACAUUGAUCGGUGCCAGCAUCAAUGGCGCGUCGUGGUUCCGCCUUUUCGCUGGAAUCUUGAUCUUCGUCAUUGGCUUGGUGUAUAUUGCGUUGGAGGCGGUGCCCAGCAUCUCCCCUCCAGAGAAUAUGAGCCCUGAGGGCAUUUCCAUCGGCGUCCAGGAUGAAGAUGUCGUGUAA